CAAAUCUGUUGCGCCGUUUGUUUUGCAUCUUGCUUUUUGCUCUAUUUAAGGGCAAUCUCAACACCCCAUUCAUCUACUCGCGGGACUACUGAUGGGCUUUCUUCGUUCUGGCCUUUUGUACUCAUUGAUCGCAUGUAUCCAUCAGAUGAUCAAUAGUUCGGAUUGGAAUCCUCAGCCAGACACCGUGCUUCGAUCACCUGCUUGGCAGUAUGCGAGAGUGGGCUGAAUUGAAAUCGUUAUGAGCGUUUGUUCGGGCACUAGCAGCCGUGUGUUCAAUGAAUCAUUACACUGCCUUGUCCCACUGCGGUAUAAAGCUCACAAGCUGGGUGUUCAAAUCUUCAUUGUGCCUGCAUGAUCUCCGUCACGAUGGCAGCCGCUCUCGUCAGCUUUAUCCUCACGCAAAGCAUCCAUGCCGCACCGAUCUCUCAACAUCCCCCACCCAACAGUACAGCCUUCUCCAUAAAUUACUCGGAUGCGUGUAACGAUCUGCGCCACUGUCGGACUAUGUGGAGCAUAGUAUACAGCUGCCUCCUUACGAUAUUCGCUUGUGUUUGGACAGCAAUUCAUCCAGAUAUGCCUAAGCAAUAUUCGGCUUGGUCGUUUGGGAUAGGUUCUCGUAUCUUUGAAAUGAGUUUGACAUUGAUUUCGCCGGAGCUGGCUGUUUGGGCUGCAUGGACUGAGUUCUCCGAGGCACGGAGAAUAUCAAAAAAGUGUGCUGGAAUUCAAGGAUGGACAUUCACGCAUUCAUAUUUUGUUGUUAUGAGUGGCUUCUUCGACUCUUCCAAACAAAAUGCAGUGAAGCCAGAUGAAAAUGAAGAUCCUUCUACUCUGUUUGAGAAAUACCCCGGCAUAAUCGACAAGUCGGGAGGUCAGAGAAAGGUCGCAGUAACAAGGGAGGGGGUCCUCGACAAAAGCAAAGGCAACUUUUUUGCAAAGUCCAUUGUCGUCCUCCAGCUACUGUGGUUCGCCACUCAGUAUGUUGGACGGUGGGCAAGUCAUCUACCCAGGUCACAACUGGAAGCGAUGACUCUUGCUUAUGCGGCACUUAGCAUCCUUGUUUAUGCUUUGUGGUGGCACAAACCGCUGGAUGUCCAUUUCCCAAUCUGUGUGACAGAAGAGGCUCACCCCGAUUCCCCAAAUCCCGAUGCUAUCACCGAUCAAGCACUGCCCAAAAUGGAGAACACGUCCAAUCCAGCGUCCCCUCCAGCAGAUACCAUUGAGCCAAGUUCCUUGUGGAUACUCGUAGUCACUGGUAUCAUUUUUGGUGGGGUUCAUUGCCUCGCAUGGUCAUUUCCAUUUCCGACGCGUGCAGAGACACUUUUGUGGCGUAUUUCUGCAAUAAUCAUCACUGUGGGUCCUGGCCCUUUCGCAUGGGGCAUGGCAAGAUGGGAAAAGAAGGAUUACUUCAGCGGGAGAUUGUUUGGAGGUUCCACCAUGCUGUUGUAUCCUGUUGCUCGGGUUAUCCUGUUCACUCUCACAUUUACGUCUUUGCGAUCUCCACCCCGCGAUCUUUACCGAACUACAUCCUGGACGUCCUUCAUUCCCCACUUAGAAUAACAUAAUCGUAGACACAUAGUAUCAUUGCUCUGCGUAACGAGAAAUAAUAAGACUCCAGUAUUGGGACAUAAAUGCACCAGAUGCGCUCAGCACAACUAUCCGGCACCAUCACCACAAACGCACCGAUCAAAUGAGACUUGACGAGACUU